AUGGUCUUAUCAAAUGAUUUUAAUAAAAUUAAUUUUAAAAUAAAUGAUAAUAUAAAUCAGUCAAAUAUUUUAAAUUUAGAAAGUAUUUUCAUAUUGAAUGGUAUCAGCAGAUUUUCCAAUAGUUUAUCAAAAUGGUCUGGAUAUGCAGAUAAUUCAAUUGAUAUAUUGCCUUUUCAGAAUCCCGAAAAUCAUAUGUUGUUUAAUAAAAUAUUAAUCGAUGAUAAUCAAGAUGAAAUUUUGGAUGAAAAUCAGGAUUCUAACAAUACUGCUGACAAUGACAAAUUUGAUAAAGAUAAACAAUUAGAGACAAUUAGGAAAGUUGCUUUGUUAAAAUUUAAGGGCUCUCAAGUUUUAAAAUCACAAAGGUUAUAUGAAGAUAUUAGACCAUUGAAAAAAAGAAAAGUAUCUUCAAAUAAUAAAAUUAAUGAUGAGUCAAGAAAUUAUGAUAAAAAUGAAUUUUCAACUAUAACUCCAAUUCAAUAUGGUGAAUAUAUAAUCAAAGAAAAAAAUUUCAAUAACAUUGAAAACGAUAUUGGUGACAAUAUUAAUAGUAAAGUUUCAUUUAAAAUAAAACUCAAGGGUAAUGAUAUAUUUGCAGGAUUGCAUGAACUAGCUACAAAAGGUGUAGUAAAUCCAUACAAAACCCCAGGAUGGCUAACCGGCGAGGAAGGUAAUAAAUUUGGUAUUAUUGAAGAAGGUGUUUUUAGUAGUAUUCAUGAUGAUACUGAAGUUAUUACUGAUUUAAUAUAG